AUGUCUUAUCUACAUUUGGCAUCAACUGCCAAUUCAUCAACAUCAUCAUCAACAACACCAUCAUGUUUUUUCAAUGUAAACACUAAUGGUGGAGUUUCAACAGUACCAACAUCAAUACCAUCAAAUUCAUCAUCCCUACUUGGAUCUAUCGGUGGUGGAAAACAAUGGACAACUAUUGGGCAACCAUCGUCAUCAUCGACAUUAUCACAACAAUUACUAAUAAAACAACCAAAUUUUCUAAAUCUUCAACCAACAUCAUCAUCAUCACAUUUUGAUAAUUUUCUAGGAUCAUCAUCUUCUCAGACGCAAAUAGAAAAAAAUUUUGAGUUACAACAAGAAGAUUUUCCUCCAUUACCGCAUCGAAAUACAUUUCAUGAAUCAACAUCAUCAUCAUCAACACUAAAUAUUCCAUCACAUCAUCAAAAUCAAAUAUCAUCAACAAUAACAAAUGGAUAUAAUUCAACACAAACACAACAUUCGCAAUCACAAUCACCUGUAUCAUUUAAAUCAUCUAUUGAUGCAUUAAGUACAUUAAUAAGUCGAUAUCAAGUAUCUGUUAAUAAUAAAACAUCAACAUUAACAAAUAAUUCUACAAAUGGUUUACCAUCAUCAACAAUAACGGAUCAAUAUGGUCUUGUUGGUCUUUUACAAAUGAUUCAACAAGCUGAGAAAAAUCCAGAUUCAUCAAUGUUACUUAAUUUUGAUUUAACAACACUUGGACUUAGUAUGAAGUUUAUUUCAUAG